AAGCGCAUUCAGUGGACUGCCAAAAGCGACUGUGCCAUAUCAGGUUGGUCUCUGUUACAGUAACUACAGGAAGUUUUGCUUUCACUGUACAAAAUGAACGGAAGCAACGUCAGUGUGUCUUAUCUCAUCACUUCCCAAGACAAAGUAUUUGCCUCAUUGUACUCGUUUGUCGUGCUUUUUGGAGUCGUGGGAAACAGCAUUGUAAUCACCAUCGUGCGCAAAACGCCAUCGAUGCACACAACAACAAACUAUCUGCUGAUGAACUUAGCAGUAGCGGAUUUGUUAACGUUGUUAUUCUGCUCCGGCAUCUAUGACUUCGCUUUGCACAAUAUUCGAUUGAGCACCACGUCAGGGGACAUUUUCUGCAAGAUCCUAGCUGGAAACGCGAUCGUUUGCAUUUCGUUCGACGCGUCGGUGUUGACCCUAUGCGUGCUCGCAGUGGAGCGCUAUAUUGCCAUUGUUAAACCGUUCAACCGCACCGGGCAUCUCACAAGAAAAACACUGUACUUUGCUAUCACCGCCAUUUGGCUGAUGGCGAUUAUUUCAAGUUUACCAGAUACUUUAUGGACGGAGUACAAUAGUGAGAAAGCUCUUUCCACGUUGAGGUACCCUUGCGUACGUCCAUGGACUGUAGAGCACCAGCCGUCGAAGGUUAGAAGUUACAUCAUAAGCCAUUCUAUCCUUCUAAUCGUGCUUCCUUCCAUUUUAAUUUCGUUUUGUUAUAUUUCUAUUUUCGCUGAGCUGAAGUCGCGUUCAAGUGUACCGGUCGAGAGCGAAGACAGCAAAAAGGGCAUGAAGAGACUUUUAAGACUUUUAGUGUUUUUAGCAGUCGCAUUUUGCAUACUCUGUCUGCCUUUUGCAGGCUUCUUUUUUUAUGUUGCCGCACUCGGUCCUGACCAGGAAGACGUUCUUAUCGUUCGUCAAAGAGGGGACGAAAGACAUCCUCGGCCCAAGAGGACCAGAGGACAGGCCCAAAAGGAGCGACGGCUCCGGGUACGAGAAUGGAGGAGAGAUUUCGACUGUCAGCUGCUGUCUCCGUAA